AUGCUCUACCGUGUGCCUAACAAUAACGGAACCACCACCAACGAAUCUCGAACCAAUAAUACUAAGCAAGAACCCAUGUAUGUCCGCGGUCCAGAUGUUAGGAUCUACAUGGUCCACAACAAACAGCCAUCGGAACACACCGUGGCGGACAAGGAGAAUACGGCGAUGAAUCAACCUCAAGACAACCGCUACAAGUCAUCUCCCGAAAAGUCGAAGAACGGCAGCGCGGUAAAAGUCAACGAGAAACAAGGACUUGAUGGAAGAAGUUCAAGUGACGCUCCACGACAAGAAGGAGACAGCCAAGAAUCGUCGUCGUGUCACAAUCAUUGUCGAAGAUGUCCCCGAGAGUGA